GUAGUCGGGAAUCUGCUUUUGUACAUGCCAUCUCCUCCGCUGGAGUUGUUUUUGCCAUCACCAGGGCAUGUAGCCAAGGGGAGCUGAAAUCCUGCUCCUGCGAUCCCAAGAAGAAAGGCUCUGCCAAGGACAGCAAGGGCCAUUUUGACUGGGGUGGCUGCAGCGAUAACAUCGACUACGGCAUUAAAUUUGCCAGAGCCUUCGUCGACGCCAAAGAACGGAAAGGAAAAGAUGCAAGAGCGCUGAUGAACCUUCACAACAACAGAGCUGGAAGGAAGGCCGUGAAGCGGUUUUUGAAACAGGAGUGCAAAUGUCACGGUGUGAGUGGAUCGUGCACUCUAAGGACCUGUUGGCUGGCCAUGGCAGACUUUAGGAAAACAGGAGAUUAUCUGUGGAAGAAAUACAAUGGAGCGAUUCAGGUGGUCAUGAAUCAAGAUGGCACGGGUUUCACUGUGGCUAAUAAGAGAUUUAAGAAGCCAACUAAGAAUGACCUGGUAUACUUUGAAAGCUCUCCAGACUACUGUAUCAGGGACAGGGAUGUAGGGUCCCUCGGGACAGCUGGUCGGGUUUGUAACCAAACCUCCCGCGGCAUGGACAGCUGUGAAGUGAUGUGCUGCGGGAGAGGCUACGACACCUCCCGCGUCAGCCGAAUGACAAAAUGCGAGUGCAAAUUCCACUGGUGUUGUGCCGUGCGCUGCCAGGACUGCCUAGAAGUGGUCGAUAUUCACACCUGCAAAGCACCAAAGAGCACUGGCUGGAUCUCCCGGACAUGAUGCACAGGCUACUGACGCUUGAGGACCACAGCCUUUGCCCUUCCUGAUCCCUGCAGGGAAUGC